AUGACGACAUCGACAGAAGCAGGGGUGGCCUCGCCGGCACCUACCUCUCGACCGGCGCCCAAGUCCGCCUCUGACACGUACCAGAAGUUGAGUCAGUUAGAACAUGUACUAAGGCGUCCUGAUACCUAUAUCGGUAGCGUCGAGAGGCGCACCGAGACGAUGUGGGUGUAUGAUGUGGCGAAAGAGCAAAUGGCAUACCGGGACACAAGCUACGUGCCUGGCUUCUACAAGAUCUUUGACGAGAUUCUUGUCAAUGCUGCCGACAACAAAGUGCGUGAUCCAUCCAUGGAUACGAUGAAAGUCACCAUCGAUAAGGAUGCCGGCACGAUCUCUGUUUGGAACAACGGGCAAGGGAUCCCUGUCGAGAUUCACGAAAAAGAACAGGUUUAUAUACCCGAGCUCAUCUUUGGGAAUCUGUUGACAUCGUCAAACUACGACGAUGACGAGGCGAAGGUGACAGGUGGUCGGAAUGGAUUCGGUGCGAAGCUCACGAAUAUCUACUCGACCGAGUUCAUCGUCGAGACAGCGGACAAGCAGCGAGAACUCAAGUACAAACAGGUCUUUAGCAACCACAUGCACGACAAAGACAAGCCGAAAAUUACCAAAAAUACCCGCAAGGAAGAAUAUACCUGCAUCACCUUUAAGCCUGAUCUGUCUCUCUUUCACAUGGAUUCCAUUCACCCAGACACAGAAGCACUCUUGAUGAAGCGUGUGUUUGAUAUGGCUGGCACUAGAGUGAUCCGUCCGCACGGAGGAAACCCCGUGCCACGCCCGACCAUCGUGUAUGAUGCGUCCGAGGAUCACGGUCGAUUGUGGGAGGUCGGUUUUGCUGUGUCCGAUGGCACUGCGCGCCAGGUGUCGUUUGUGAACAACAUCGCUACCAUCAAAGGUGGAAAGCAUGUGGAUCAUGUCGAGUCCCAGAUCGUCGAGCGGAUCAUGGAACAUUUGAAGAAGGGCAAGAAAGAUGCGCCCAUCAAGGCGAACCACAUCCGGCAGCAGCUGUGGAUCUUUGUCAAUUGUCAGAUUGUGAAUCCAACAUUCGAUAGUCAAACGAAGGAAACACUCACGCUCAAGCCGUCGGCCUUUGGAUCGAAGUGGGUCAUGCCCGACGACUUUGCCAAGAAGGUGCUCAAGUCUGGCGUCAUCGAUAAUGUGCAGUCGAUUGUGCAGUACCACCAAGAUCGACAGCUUCAAGCGACAGAUGGCCGGAAGCGCUCACGCGUGUCUGUGACCAAGCUCGAAGAUGCGAACUGGGCUGGCACGAAACGGAGUGCAGAGUGCACACUCAUUCUCACCGAAGGUGACUCAGCCAAAGGUCUUGCCGUGUCGGGACUAAGCGAGGUUGGCCGUGAUGCGUAUGGUGUGUUUCCCUUGCGAGGUAAGCUGCUGAAUGUGCGUGAAGCUACGUACGACCAAAUCAAGAAGAACACCGAGAUCAAGAACAUCAAGGAGAUCCUCGGCUUGCAGCAUGGCAAAUCGUACUCGACCGUCGAUGGCUUGCGGUACGGUAGUCUCAUGAUCAUGACAGAUCAAGACUUUGACGGUUCCCACAUCAAAGGUCUCAUCAUCAACUACCUUGACCACUUUUAUCCAUCACUGCUCAAAAUUCCGAAUUUCCUUGUGGAGUUUAUUACGCCGAUCAUCAAAGCAACGAAAGGCCAAGAAGUCAGGUCUUUCUUCACGAUACCCGAAUUUGAGCAAUGGAAGGCGACUGGUGAUGGCGGUCGAGGAUGGACGACGAAAUACUACAAGGGUCUGGGUACGUCGAAACCGUACGAAAUGAAAGAGUACUUCCGUGAUAUGGACAGGCACAUGCUUUCAUUCGAUACGAUUCGGCCUGAGGAUCAUGAUUUGUUGGAUCUUGCAUUUAACAAGAAAAAGGCCGACGAUCGAAAGGAGUGGCUGCGCCAGUUUGUCCCUGGCACGUACCUGGACCAUCGAAUCAGAAACAUACCGAUCUCGGACUUUAUUAACAAGGAGUUGAUCUUAUUCUCGAUGGCAGACAAUAUCCGCUCCAUCCCCAGUGUUGUCGAUGGACUCAAGCCAGGACAGCGGAAGGUGAUCUUCAGUUGUUUUAAGCGCAAGCUCAAGACAGAAAUCAAGGUCCAUCAACUCCAGGGCUAUGUGUCCGAGCAUUCGGCGUAUCACCAUGGCGAUCAGGCUCUGACCAUGACGAUCGUCGGUCUCGCGCAAGACUUUUGCGGCAGUAACAAUGUGAAUUUGCUCAUGCCGAACGGACAAUUUGGCUCUCGAAGCAUGGGUGGCAAGGAUGCGGCCAGUGCUCGUUACAUCUUCACUGCUGUGCCACGGAUCACGCGUCUCAUGUUCCACGCGGACGAUGAACCACUGCUAAACUAUCUCGAGGAUGACGGACAGAGUAUUGAGCCAGAAUGGUAUGCACCUGUAGUACCACAGGUGCUGCUGAAUGGGGCGGAGGGUAUCGGUACGGGAUGGAGCACGUUUGUGCCCAAUUACAAUCCCCGGGAAGUUGUCGACAACUUGCGUCGUCGCAUGGCCGGCGAAGAGUAUGUGCCGAUGAACCCAUGGUACCGAGGCUUUGUUGGCGGCAUUGAGCCGGCAGGCCCAGAACGGUUCCGUGUGACAGGCAUAGCUAGGCAGCUGGAUGAGCGCACGUGGGAAAUCACAGAGCUGCCCGUUCGUGUGUGGACGAUGACGUACAAGGAGUGGCUUGAAGAGCGAGUCGUCGGCAGCGAUAAGACGCCCGCGGUGCUGCGUGAGUACAAGGAGUACCAUACAGAUACAUCUGUGCACUUUGUGGUGGAGCUGAACCCGCGUGGAAUGGAAGAGAUCGAGAGAGUUGGACCGGACACAUUCUUCAAGCUCUCGACGAUGCUCAGUACAAGCAACAUGGUGCUGUUCAAUCCAGAGGGCAAAAUCAAGAAAUAUGCAACGCCGCAGGAGAUCCUAGAAGACUUUUACUUUGUGCGGCUCGGCUUUUACCAGCGGCGCAAAGAGCAUCUUGUCGAUCAGCUCAAGCUUGUGUACGACAGACUAUCGAACCAGGCGCGCUUCGUCAGUAUGAUCAUUGCCAGGGAGCUGAGUGUGUCGAACAAGAAGAAGGCAGCGAUCGUCGAAGAGCUGCGUCAGCUCAAGUUCCAGGCCUUCCCGAAGGUCGAGGCUAAGGCGAAGAGCGUGACAGAGGAGGCAGUAGAAGACCAAGAAGAGCCAGACGAGCCUGCGAACAGCAACACAGAUUAUGAUUACCUGCUCAGUAUGGCGAUCUACUCGCUCACGCAGGAACGUGUAGAACGCCUACUGAAAGAGCGCGAUCAUACGGAGACAGAGCUGAAGAUCCUACUGGGUCGCUCGCCUCAAAACCUGUGGGAUGAAGACUUGACAGCUUUCCUCGAAGAAUGGGAUGAGAAGCUGGCUGAAGAUGCACGCAACGCCUCCAUGACCACAACGCAUGUCGUCAAGGACCUCAAGAAGCGCCGUGCUCCAGCCAAACGGCCCAAAAAGGAAGAGGGAAGUGUCUCGCCAGUGAAGCGGCAGCCUGCUACAUCAAAGACAGUAGCAGCAAGUCCAGCGGAUGAAACGUCGGCUCACACGUCAGCACCAGAUGCAACGCAGCCGACCACGGCAACGACAACACCCUUCACCACGACGACGAUGCCUGAGCCUGUUCCUGAGACGAAGCCCACCACAUUCCAUCAGGUUCCCUUGCCACAGGCCGCCCCUGCUUCACCCCUCAAGCAUGACCGUGUGGACGACGACGAAGAUGAACUGGCACUUCCCACGCCCAAGACGACUGCCAGGCCUCGCUCGACGACGACCAAGGCGCCGAGCAAAACAGGCUCAGCAAGAGCGACUACAAAAACGUCUACAAGAGGUGCAGCCAAGGCCCCGGCGCGAGCGACGACUAGAGCAUCUGCUAAGAGAUCUGGUAAAGAGUCCUCGCCAGAGGAGCCAACGCAGCCUACGCAGCCAGCAUCAGCAGCAGCAGCACCACCACCACCACGGCGUGCCACGAGCAGCCGGGCAGCAGCAAAAGCCAGGCCCACUUAUACACUAGACUCGGACGAAGAAGGUGCCCAUGAGGAUCCAAACGACGAUAGCGUCGCACUCGACGAUAUGGACGAAGAUGAUAGCGAUGACGAUUACUAUCGCUAA